AUGAAGCGCACGGUGGAUACCAAUGACUACAGCAACCUGCGCAUUUUGAAGAUCAGCGACGGCGACCGGCCCGGGGAGAAGUACGUCCAGCUGCAGUACAGCCUGCUGGACAAGCGCACCCCCCAGGUGGACGCCAAUGGGAAGAAGGUGCGGCGGGCUCUCAUCGAGAACGGCCGCUUCCUGCAGGCCGAGGACGGGCGGUGGCAGCUGGCGGAUUACCGGCUGGUCGACGUGCCGGGGGCGCUGGUCAAGACCGCUGAGCUGGAGUCGAAAGACCUGAAAGCCCAAGCUGAGGCGCGCAAGCAGCAGGCGGCCGGGUCGGCGCAGUGA